AUGGUUCUGUACGAUGGUUUCGAGCACGCAAAGGAGGAGCCUCAAUUGCUCGGUACCACUGAGAAUGAGCUCGGUCUCCGCAAGUGGAUUGAGGACCAGGGCCACGAGCUCGUCACCACCUCCGACAAGGAGGGUGAGAACUCGACCUUUGACAAGCACCUCGUUGACGCCGAGGUCAUCAUCACCACUCCCUUCCACCCCGGUUACCUGACCAAGGAGCGUCUGGCCAAGGCCAAGAACCUCAAGAUUGCCGUUACUGCUGGUAUCGGUUCUGACCACGUCGACUUGGACGCUGCCAACAAGACCAACGGCGGUAUCACUGUUGCUGAGGUCACUGGUUCCAACGUUGUUUCCGUUGCUGAGCACGUCGUCAUGACCAUGCUCGUCCUCGUCCGCAACUUUGUCCCCGCCCACGAGCAGAUUGCCUCUGGUGACUGGAACGUCGCUGCCGUCGCCAAGAACGAGUACGACCUUGAGAACAAGGUUGUUGGUACCGUUGCCGUUGGUCGUAUCGGUGAGCGUGUCCUCCGCCGUCUGAAGGCAUUCGACUGCAAGGAGCUCCUCUACUACGACUACCAGCCCCUGUCGGCCGAGAAGGAGGCCGAGAUUGGCUGCCGUCGUGUCGAGAACCUCGAGGAGAUGCUUGCCCAGUGUGAUGUUGUCACCAUCAACGCUCCCCUCCACGAGAAGACCCGUGGUCUGUUCAACAAGGAGUUGAUCUCCAAGAUGAAGAAGGGCUCAUGGCUCGUCAACACCGCCCGUGGUGCCAUCGUCGUCAAGGAGGAUGUCGCCGAAGCCCUCAAGUCCGGCCAGCUCCGCGGUUACGGAGGUGACGUCUGGUUCCCCCAGCCCGCCCCCAAGGACCACCCUCUCCGUUACGCCCAAUACACCCACUGGGGUGGCGGUAACGCCAUGGUUCCCCACAUGUCUGGUACCUCGAUCGACGCCCAGAAGCGCUACGCCGCCGGUACCAAGGCUAUCCUCGAGUCAUACUUCUCUGGCAAGCACGACUACCGCCCUGAGGACCUUAUUGUCCAGGGUGGUAGCUACGCUACCAAGGCUUACGGUCAGCGCAAGUAG